AUGGAAAGAAGAUGGCAACGACAAGUUGUUAAGACAUUAUUGAGCAGAGGGUUGCUCCUAUCAGAUACCGUAAAGCAAAACAGCUUUUCUCUUAAAUAUAAUGCACUUUCCAAUUUAGAUUUUGAAAAUGUUUGGAAUAAAUUUUACAAUUCUGGCAUUGAUCUAGAAAAACUACUACAACCACAGACCACUCAA